AUGUCAAUAUUCUGUAUAUUCUCUCCACGUAUGAAACUAAACAAUGCUUUUAUUAUAAGAGCUUUAUUUUAUUCUUCACAACCUCAAUAUGAAUCAAAAAAAAGUAUAGGAAAAGUCGUUAAUGUAGCAAUUAUUGGUGCACCAAAUGCAGGAAAGAGUACUUUGAUUAAUAAAAUUUUAGAACGAAAGAUUUGUGCUGCCUCCAAUAAGGUUCACACAACAACAAAACUAACCAGAGCAAUUGCAUAUGAGAAAAAUACUCAAAUAAUAUUUUUAGAUACUCCAGGCAUUGUUACAGAAAAAGAGCAGAAAAAGUAUAAGUUGCCAGAGUCAAUGCUGGCAGCAUGUCAAAAAAGUUUAAGAUGUGCUGAUGUGGUAGGAGUUGUACAUGAUGUGUCAAAUAAAUGGACAAGAGAUGGUCUUCACCGUGAUGUAGUUAAUAUGUUAGAAAUUGUCAAAGAUAUACCUAGUUUUCUGAUACUUAAUAAGGUAGAUAUGCUAAAAUCUAAAAAGCAGUUAUUGGCAAUAAUUAGUAAUCUUACUAAUGGAAUGAUAGCUGGAAGUCCAAUACCUAGUCCCACAAAAAGCAAAAAGACUCAAGAAAACGGCUACAAUCAUUUUUCUGAUGUGUUCCUGGUAUCAGCACUCAAUGGCGACGGUGUGUCGGAUAUAAAGGAAUAUCUCAUCAACAACGCCAAAAUUCGCCAUUUCCAUUAUGAUCCAUCAGAAUGGUCAGAUCAAGCUCCAGAACUGUUAAUAGAAGAAGCUGUUCGAGCGAAAUUCAUGGAUUUUCUUCAUCAAGAAAUCCCAUAUAAUUUGUCUACAAAGUUAGAAUAUUAUGAUGAUAUCACAGAACAAGAUAAAAUACUUUGUUUUGUGUCAGUGGAAUGUCCAUCAGAAAGAUUAGCGAGGCUUAUAAGUGGGGCUGGAGGAGGGAGACUACAACAAAUCAAAUCUCAUGUUAGAAAUGAUCUUAUGGACAUGUUUAAAAAGACUGUUGUGAUAGAUAUUAAGUUAAAAGUAAAAAGUAAGCCCUCGUCUGAAGAAAUA